UUAGCCGAUUCAUCGCGAAUUGUGUGCAUUUCCAAUUCGUGCACUAUCUGGGCAGCUGGGUUCUGUUUUUGGUUUUCGUGUUUUCUCGUUUGUGAUUCGAGCUUCGGUGUGUCCCGGAGUGCGGUUUGGGAAAUGGUCUGGAGCGUGUCCCAUCGUUUGGGGUUCAAAUUCGAUCGAUACGAGCUGGGUAUCUUUCAAGAACGUGAAUUGGGUUUCUGGGUUAACUUGCUGGUAGCGCAAAACGAUGGCGUGGCUCUCGCUUGCUUGUCUGCUUUCCAUCUUAACCCUCUACGGGAACUGACUCCCAGGAGCUUAGGUAGAGGCUUGUGUCACUGCUAAAGUUUUUCUUGGGUGACCGGCGUAUGACUUUAUUUCACACGGUAACUCACCGAGCUUCCGCUACUGCUCUCGCCUUCAGUGGCUUCACUCUUGUAAAUGUUGGCUCGACGGUUGAGGUCUCACCUUUUGAAGUCUUACCAGAAAUUCUAAUCUAGCAUCUUUCCCUGAUGUGUUGGGAACUCUAUCGACCCUUAUCAUCGCAACUUAUGAAGUCUACUGGUGAUUUUGUUCUUGCCCAUGUGUAGCCUUUUCUUUGGUUGGCUGCAUUGUAUUGACACUGGCCUGCCAAACAGGUUCUUACAUUGGAAGUCUAUUGAUGAUUGAAAUCCCGCCUCAUUGCUAAUCUUUUCUCAGAAUCUUACAUGUGGUAGUCUUGCUUCCCAUAGCCUUACUAAAUAUACUGUUGAUGACUGUUCCCUCCUCCUCCAUGAGCUCUACCGUUUCAACGCCACAUGGUAUGCUGCCACCAGCAAGGCUUGGUAGUUAUGAUUCUCCUAUUUCUGGGGCUUCCGGGUCAUUUGCGCAGCCUGAACAAGAAUUUAAUGACAACGAUGAAACGGAGCUACUAUCGGUGUCUUGGAAUCAGGACUAUGGUUGCUUUGCUGCAGGCACGAACCGAGGCUUCCGUAUCUAUAAUUGUGAGCCCUUUAAGGAGACUUUUAGGCGAGACUUGAAAAGUGGGGGAUUUAAAAUUGUUGAGAUGCUAUUCCGUUGCAACAUUCUAGCUCUCGUUGGUGGUGCUGCUAAUUCCCAGUAUCCGCCAAAUAAAGUUCUAAUCUGGGAUGAUCAUCAGAGCCGGUGCAUCGGUGAAUUUGCGUUUAGGUCAGAAGUUCGUGGUGUGAAAUUAAGACGGGAUCGAAUUGUCGUUGUCCUUGAGCACAAGAUAUAUGUACACAAUUUUAUGGACUUGAAGCUGCUCCAUCAAAUUGAAACUGUGGCGAAUCCUAGGGGACUCUGUUGCCUCUCUCAGAAUGUGAAUGCAAUUGUUUUAGCUUGCCCUGGUCUUCGUCGAGGACAGAUUCGGAUCGAGCAUUUUGGACUUCGUAUGACGAAAUUCAUCAAUGCACAUGAUUCUCAGGUGGCUUGCUUAACCUUGACAAUGGAUGGGCUGCUUCUUGCAACUGCUAGUGCUAAGGGUACUCUGAUAAGAAUAUUUAACACGAUGGAUGGAACUCGGUUGCAAGAGGUACGUAGAGGAGUGGACAGAGCUGAAAUUUACAGCAUUGCCCUCUCGCCUAAUGUUCAGUGGUUGGCUGUGUCUAGUGAUAAAGGUACUGUCCAUCUAUUUAGUCUCAGAGUCAGAGUAGCAGGCGAGGAUUCUCCUGCACAUUCAGACAUCUCUCAAAGUCCAGCACUAGCUUUCCAGAAUUCUUCUACUUCGCUUGAUGCCCUCAUUUCUACAAGCACUGGUGCCAAUCCAGGUUCAUCAUUGUCUUUUAUGAGAGGGGUCUUACCAAAAUAUUUUAGCUCAGAAUGGUCAUUUGCCCAGUUCCACUUACCCGAAGAGACUCAAUUUGUUGCAGCUUUUGGAUCCCAAAAUACUGUAAUAAUCAUUGGCAUGGAUGGGAGUUUCUACAGGUGCAGUUUUGAUCCAGUUAAUGGAGGGCAAAUGGUGCAGCAGGAAUAUAAUCGUUUUCUUACAAGUGCAAACACAAAUGCAGCCCAGUGCUUAACAUCUGGUGGAUCAGAAAAGAGGAUCCAGGGAGACAGUGCGACUAGGAUCCUGCAUCCUGACAGGAACAUCAGACCCCACAUAAGAUGGUUGCUAUACGUUCGAGCUGGAUGUGAAAAUGCUUUUCUUUGGGGAAGGUGGAUCAAGAAUUAUACACGGAUGCAAGGGGAAAGAACAAAACAUGAUGGAAACGAGAAAGUUUACCAGUGACUGCUGCAACAAACUUACUAGUUACUAUAUACAAGGAAAUUAUUGUAUGAAAACAAAACUUGGUAUCUUAGUCACUCCUUGAAUGGUAGAUACAUAUACGGCCUGCA